CCCGUCUGUAAGGCCGCCCGCCCGCUCACCAUUCUUUGAUGUUGUUGUUUCGAGAUUGCGAAUCCGCUUUUUGCUAAAGCUUUCCCGUUUGAUGUGCUUGUCAUGCGCGUUGAAUGCUGACUUUCGUCUAUCCCUUGACGGCCCCCCCAACGCCUAGCGAUGAUCCAGCAAACGAAGAUCACGGAACUUUCGCCUCUCACAGCGCUUCAUGCAGCCAUGCCUACCAAGCUGAGAAGACUGCUCCCAUGCUUCGCUAAAAGCAAAUCAAGGAAAGACGACGACGACGAAGGAAUCGAAAUCACGCGGCUAAGCAGCACAAUUACCUCUCCAAACCCAGCACACCAACAACCUACCUCCUCUCCCUCCACAAACGGAGCAGUCCAAACCCCGUCAACACCAGCCCAAACAACAUGGCCCUACCGUGGCUGCCUCAAACCUCCCUCUCCUCCACCUAACACCAACACCAGUACGGACAACGACACCGACAUCGAUACCAUCCACCCCGUCCGACCCAAACCGAGCUACAGCAAUAUCAAACUCGCCACCCAGGAUCGGAAGAAGUUGUUUGAGAUGCUAAGAGAUCCGGAGAAGGCGCCUGCGAGGAAGGCUAGUCAUGGUGUUUUGGCUGCUAAGGAAAGGGGGAGGGGUGUUGGGGGUGAGGACGGGGAGGCGGAGUGGGCUGAGAUUGUUCAGGGGAAGGAUGGGGGUACGUCGGUGGUUGGUGAUGGUGGAAGGGCGGAUGAGGUUGUUGGUGGGUCUGAGAGGCCCGACGGCUCUCUGGCUGCCGUGGAGGGUGCGAAUGAGGCAAAGGUUGUGUGCGAACGGCCUUCGGUGAGAGUUGUAUGAAUUUCUUGACGGAUAGCUGGCUGGACAUCACCGUGAACGAGGGAGCAAGUACUACUUCCAGCCCUGAAGCUAUGCACAGAGAGGAUUCAAGCGCCGUCCUGCAUCGAGCCUUGAGUAUUCGCUCACUCUUCUUCCCACGAGCAGCACAUUGAAUAGGUAAGCCGCUUCCACAUAAUCACAC